GCAUUGAUUUUAAAGUAAAGCCAGUAAUGUAUAAUGAUACAAGAGUGAAACUUCAAAUAUGGGAUACUGCUGGCCAGGAACGAUUCCAUACACUUAGUACUAGCUAUUUCCGUGGUGCACAAGGCUUUGUUCUUGUAUAUGACAUCACAGAUCUGAAGAGUUUUCAAAGUAUAACAAUCUGGAUGGAAGACAUAUAUGAGAAAGCAGGUGAUGAAGUGGACGUAAUACUGUUGGGCAACAAGUGUGAUAAGGAGUCAGAACGUGUAGUGCCAAAACAGAAAGGAGAAAAGCUUGCUUGGGAAUAUGGAAUACCAUUUUUUGAAACCAGUGCUAAAGAUAAUGUGAACAUUGAGCAAGCAUUCUCAGUCUUGACUAAGGAAAUACUGGAAAAGAAAUCCUCUGUAUUGUAUGACUUAGAUGUUGUGACUCUAAAUGAAACAAAGCACAAACAGUCCAGGAGGUUCCUGGAGAACAUUGAUGAUAAUUUCUUGUCUCAGGUACUGAAGAUUCUUACAAGAAAUGGUGUGUUACUCGACCUUAUAUUAACCAACAAGGAAGGCCCUGUUGAUGAUGUGAAGGUUGGGGGCAGCCUUGUCUGUAGCAACCAUGAGAUUGUAGUGUUCAGCAUCAAAGAGGUAGCAGGCCAGCAAUUAAAACUACAACUACAGACUUCAGGAAAGCAAACUUUAACAUGUUUAGAGAUCUUCUUGGAUGAAUCCCAUGGGAGCAGGCCCUGCAGGGAAGAGGGGUCCAAGAGAGUUGGUUAUUGA